AGCUCCCAUUCCAUGACCUAUAGGAGCCCCCAAGCAUUACAAUACAAAACAGGGAAUUUCGCCGUAUUCGAGCAUGGCACAGUUCCAAUGGUAGAGCGCUGGAUAGCUGGCUAUUUGCUUUAGACAGAGUGUUAACUUAACUAGGUGAUAACCUAGAGCGGCUUCUGUUAUUGGGGACGGCUAUCAGCUGGCGAUGGACGCGGUCUUGGACUUUCUGUUUGCCUUUAGGCCCGUCCAGCAGUUCCUUGUACUCUACAAAAAGAAUGCCCUCGUGGCCUGGCGCAACCGCCGAGCCACCGCGCUACGCAUCUUCGCGCCCUUCCUGUUCCUGCUGCUGGCGCUGCUGAUCGACCGGGCGCUGCGAGCUAACGACCGCCAAAAUACCGCUUUCCAGGAUGUGCGCGACCCGGCGGGAGAGGCGGUGGGCGGCAUCCCGCAGUGCUGGCAGGACAUCUACAUCGGCAAGGGGCGGGCCUGCAAGGAGGUGCUCUACCAGCCCUCACCCGACCCCGUGGUGGAUGCGAUCAUGGCGUCCGUGAGGGCCAACAAUCCGGUGCCCAUCACGGUGGAGGGUUUCCCCAACAGCUCCGCCAUCCAGGCCUACCUGUACGACCACCCAGACAGCGUGCUGAGUGCCGUACAUUUUGAACGUACGGGAUCUGCCCUGGAGGGUUUCAUCCUGCAGACCAACACAACGGUCAAGUACUUCAAGGGAAAAUACCAGCACCCCAACAAGUUCGUACAGCUGCCGCUGCAAGUUGCCGUACACCGGGAGAUCGCCCGCUACCAGCUAGCCAACAGCGGGCUCCCCAACGCCAGCGGCCUUGCCUCCUCUCUGCGGCUGGAGGUGGGGCUCAAGGAGUUCCCGCACCCCACCAUCGCCACGGUGUCGGUGCUGGGGCAGGUGCUGGGCCCCUUCGUGUUUGCGGCCUGCAUGUUCAGCUUCGUGACGCAGAUCAGCAGCGUGGUGGCGGAGAAGGAGCUGGGGCUGAAGCAGGCCCUGCGCACCAUGGGCAUGGUGGACAGCGCCUACUGGCUCAGCUGGGCCGCCUGGGAGGUCACCCUGGCCUUCGCUGUGGCGCACUCCAUCUGCAUCUACGGCCUCAUCCUGCAGUUCGACCUCUUCCUGCACAACAGCUACGGCCUCCUGUUCUUCCUGUUCUUCCUCUUCCAGCUGGCCAUGAGCAGCAUGGCGCUGCUGCUGGCCGCGUUCAUCAGGCGCACGCAGGUUGCGGUGUACCUGGGCUUCACGGUCUUCAUCGUGGGCUGGAUCAUGCAGACGGUGGUGCUGUUCGGAGUGCCCUACUCGCCGGACUACUACAAAACCGCCAAGAGCGCCGUGACCGUCAUCUUCAGCAUGCUGCCUUGGGACCUGCUGGCCAAGGGGUUCGAGGACCUGGGCGCGGCGACACUGGGGGUGUACCCGGGCCUCAAGUGGAGCCAGCGCGCCUCCUACUGCCGCAACGUGGACACCGCCGAGCAGGAGCCCUUCGACCCACGGGUCGAGUACCGCUCCUACGAGUGCGUCAUGGGCCUCAACACCAUCUACGGAGCGCUGCUGGCGCUGUGGGCGGGCUACUUCUGCCUGGCGGUGUACUUUGACAACAUCGUGCCCAAUGAGUUUGGGGUGAAGAAGCCCUUCUACUUUUUCCUGGACCCCGCCUACUGGCUCCCUCGCUUCAGCCGCGCCAGCAACAACCUGCGGACCGUGCAGCGCUCCCUGCAGCAGCAGCCCGGCGGCGGGGCAGCAGCGCCCGGCCAGCCUCCGCUGCCGCCUGCCGAGCUGGAUGAGGACGUGAAGGCGGAGGAGGAGCGCAUGAAGGCACUGCUGCAGCACCGGACGGAUGCGGGCGCGGGCGCCAUGGCCCUGCAGUCGGUGGGUCAGGGAGCCGCCCGCCCCAAUGCGGUGGAGGUGUUUGGGCUGACCAAGCUGUACAAGGGCAGCAACGGCUGCUUCGGCACCACCAUCCACUGCUGCAGCUGCUGCGACUGCUGCUCCUGUGAGAAGACAGACGACUUUUGGGCGAUUCGCGGCAGCUGGUUUGGCAUUGAGCAGGGGCAGCUGUUCUGCUUGCUGGGUCCCAACGGUGCCGGCAAGACCACCACCAUCAACUGCCUCACAGGCGCCAUCCCCCCCACCGGCGGCGAGGCGCUGGUGUACGAGGAGCCCAUCAGCAGUGCGGGGGGGCUGGACCGCAUCCGGGCGCAGAUGGGCGUGUGCCCUCAGUUCGACAUCCUGUGGAACGAGCUCAGCGGUGCCGAACACCUCUCCAUCUACGGCCAUGUGAAGGGACUGCCGCGGCGCAAGGUUGCCUCCGAGACCGCUGCGCUGCUGGACAAGGUGAAGCUCACCUACGCGGCGGCCCAGCGCGCGGGCGCCUACAGCGGCGGCAUGAAGCGGCGGCUGAGUGUGGCGAUUGCGCUGCUGGGCGACCCGCGCAUCGUGUACCUGGAUGAACCCACCACCGGCAUGGACCCCAUCUCCCGGCGCUACGUGUGGGACAUCAUCCAGGAGUCCAAGCCCGGCCGCGCCAUCGUUCUCACCACCCACUCCAUGGAGGAAGCCGACAUCCUGGGUGACCGAAUCGCAAUCAUGGCCCGCGGCAAGCUGCGCUGCAUCGGCACCUCGCUGCGCCUCAAGCAGCGCUUCGGAUCGGGCUACACCCUGGCUGUGAGCGUUACGAGUGCGGCGGGGAGUGGCGCUGCCAGUGCUGCGGCGUCUGGGCGGCUGGCGAUGGUGGGUGGCGGAGGUCCGCAGCAGCAGCAGCAGGGGAUGAUGCAGAUGAUGCAGAAUGCGCCGGCGGAUGUGGAGCGGCGGGCGGCAGCUGUGAAGCGGUUUUUCCAGGAGCGGUUGGGUUUGGCGCCGGUUGAGGAGAGCAAGGCGUACAUGCACUUCCUGGUGGAUAGGGCGAGGGAGCCGCAGCUGAACGGGUUCCUGAAGCAACUGGAGGCCGAGCGCGGGGCUCUGGGCAUCACCGACGUGCAGCUCAGCCUGACCAGCCUGGAGGAGGUAUUCCUGAACAUCGCUCGGCGCGCGGAGAUGGAGGCGGCGGCGGUGUCGGGUCAGGCGGAGGUGGCGCAUGUGACGGAUGAGGGCGUGCGGUUGAACAUCCCCAUUGGCGCGGAGUGGGUGGCGCAUGAGGGCGUGACGUACAAGGUCCGCUGGGGCACCGAUGAGGCGGGUCGUCUCGUCAUCAUGGACGCCAGCCCCGCCUCCCCCCAGGAGGCUGCAGCCCUGUUCCCCCAGCAGCAGCCCUUCAUGCAGCAACCCCCGUCCAUGAUGGCCCAACCGCAGCAACCGCAGCAGCCCUACCCCUACUACCCC